UCUUACUUUUUUAUAUCAGAAUAUUUAAUUAGUUAUCUUAACAUAUAAUAACUUUAUUAAACACAUCUUAUUGUAUACUGUCACAGAUAUUUUAGUGUUGAUGAUAUUUAAAUUAAUAAAGAAUUAUACGUUAAAUUAUAGAUGUAAGAUUUAUUCAAAUUAAUGUUUAAAAAAUAUGAAACCAGAACUUAAUUAAAACGAUUGAAACUAUUUUAUUUCUAUUUAUCCAGAAAAUGCAGUCAAAUGUGACACACGCAUCAGUCGUGCUCUAGGAGUGUGCAAAAAGCAAGUGGGACAUUUUUCCCAUAGCUGGAAAAAGAAAGAAGCGCUAAAGAAAGCACAGAGAGAGCUUAACCUGCCAGAACAUGGUCUGAUCACAGAGUGCCCUACACGAUGGGGCACUAAGCAACAAAUGAUGGAAAGGAUCCUGGAACAGCAGAGGGCUCUGUCACAAGUUCUCUCUGAAAAUCGGAGUACAAGACAUCUGGUUCCAUCUUGGCAGGACAUUGAGGUCCUUGAGUCCGUAAACAAGGCAUUGAAGCCACUUCAAGAUUUUACAGAUGCUUUGUCUGGGGAAGAAUACGUGAGCAUUUCCUAUCUACUUCCAGUUCUUCGUUUACUGAACACACAAACCCUUGCUGCUGACGAGGAAGACACAGAGCUGACAUGCUCAAUUAAAACCAAAGUGCUGGGCUACAUGGAGGCAAAAUAUGAGGAUCCUGCAACCCAAACUCUCUUGAACAUUGCCACUUUUUUAGAUCCAAGGUUCAAAAAAGACUACAUUCCUAAGGAACAACGGGAAGAAAUUAGUUUAAGGAUAAAAUCAGAAAUGAAGGAGGCACAACCUGCUGUUGCCAUAUCAUCAUCAUCAGUGGGUGCUGCUGUGUCAGGUGCUGAGGCUGAGCCAUGUCAAAGUGCCACAGCCACAAGUACAAAGAGGAUGAAGAAGUCUUUAGGAAGUCUCUUACAGACCUCAGUCACAUCUCCCUCUGAAUCCUCUGACCAUGCAACCAUUGAAGCAGAAUUUAACAGCUACAUUCUGAUCCCCAAAAUCCACAGUGAGCAGGACCCUUUGGCAUGGUGGGGAAUUCACAAGGUAAAUUUCCCCCACUUAAGCAAGCUGGCGGAAAAAUAUCUUUGUGUGCCUGCCACUAGCACACCAUCUGAAAGACUUUUCAGCACACCAGGCAAUGUAGUUACAUGUCAGCGUGCAUCCCUGAAACCAAACAAAGUGGACAUGCUGGUUUUCUUGUCCAAAAAUUUUUAGCAUGAAUGCUAAAAUCUGACUUGGCAAAAACAAAACAAAAAGAGAGCAAAGAAGUAACUCCACUGUUUCUCAAGUGUUUUUGUUUACUUGAAUGUUCAUGUUUUCAGGUUGAUGUAGGCCUAACUAUAUAGUGGAGCAAAGUAUUAGUGAUAUUUUUAUUUUCUGUUUGUUUACAUUUUUAAAAUGUAAUUUUAACAUUUAAAUGUAAUGUUAAAAUGUAAUUUGUGUUAAUGCAACAUAAAAAAAACUGCUGUUGUUCACUUUCAAAAGUUGUAGUGAUUUCUUUCCCCUAAAUAAUUUGAAAUUUUGGUUAUAUAAUUUCUCUUAAUACAAUUUUAAUUGAUUUUAGAAAAAAUAAAUAUCGUAUCGCAUAUCGAAUAUCGCAUUAUUUAGCAAGAUAUCGCAUAUCGCAUUUUUCUUCAAUAUCGCACAGCCC